AUGCAAGUUACCAUGUGGAAGUCGAUUAACUUUCUCACCCUGCAUUAUGCAUGGAUUAUAACCCUCAGUGUUCUGAGCUUGGUUAUAAUCUAUCCUUAUGGUAAUUUGAAAGCCAUUGAUGCAUUUUUCUUCGGUGCCAGCGCAUCGACUGAAUCAGGUCUGAAUACAUUCGAUGUCAAGGAUUUGAAGACCUAUCAACAGGUGUAUAUAUAUCUUAUUCCUAUGCUAGGAAACCUGGGAUUCAUCAACAUAAUUGUGGUUGUUUUCCGGGUUCGAUGGUUUGAAAAACAUCUCAAAGCCACUGCACCGCAUUUUUUGAGGCCCGAGACACUUCCUAGACAAGAUGCAGAGGCGCAACUCAAGCAAAGCAGCGUCGAUGAACCUCCAAGUGAUCGCUUUAAGGACCAUACAGAUGACUUGGAGGAGAGCGAUGAGACCCGCGAAAAAACUCCAAGAGUUUCCCAGGAGUUGAAUGCCAAAGCUGAUGACUCGAAUACCAAUUCCGGAAAGCAAGUCAUUCAUUUUGCUGAUGAGUGCUCCGGCAAAGACCAAGUUAAAGACCAAGCUUUGUAUAUUCCGCCUCCAUGGAAACGUGAUAGAGGCAUCCCAUUUUCUGAGAUUGAUGGAAGAGUUGAUGAGGACGAUGAUGAACGACCUCAUAAGGUUUCUCGACAAACUACCAGAAACAUGAACUCACCUCGCACCCUUGAACGCGUUGUAACAUCCGUGUUCGUCUUGGGAAACUCUCUUAGUCGCGAAAGGAGCCAAAAUACAGGACAAAAUGGCAUGAAGCAGCUUGACUUGCCGAAUAUGUCUUCACAGGCUACAAUAGGCCGGAACUCCCAGUUCCACAAUCUGUCUGCCGAAGAUCGUGAAAGACUUGGUGGUAUUGAAUAUCGAAGCUUGAAGCUACUGUUAAAGAUUGUGACAGGAUAUUUCUUUGGUCUGCAUCUCUUCGGUGCAAUCUGCCUAGUUGGAUGGAUUCGACAUGCAGAUCCAAAAUAUCGUGAUUAUCUUGCCGAAUGUGGGCAAGGUAGUGUUUGGUGGGGCUUCUACUCCGCUCAGACAAUGAUUGAUAAUCUUGGCUUUACUCUGACACCAGAUUCAAUGAUCUCCUUUCGGGAUGCGACAUUCCCAAUGAUUCUCAUGACUUUCCUUGCAUUUGCCGGGAAUACUUGCUACCCAUGCCUUCUUCGGCUUAUCAUCUGGAUUAUGUCCAAAGUUUGCCAUUCGAAAUCUUCGCUCCAUGACCCACUCAAAUUCCUACUCGAUCAUCCGCGACGGUGCUAUACGCUGCUUUUCCCAAGCCGGCCAACGUGGGUUCUCUUUGGAAUCUUGUUCGUCAUGAAUUCAAUCGAUGUCAUUCUCAUCCUCGUGCUGGACUUGAACAAUCCCGCCGUUAACAGUCUCGCGCCUGGUCCUCGAGUUCUUGCUGCAAUUUUCCAAGCAGCAUCAGCGCGUCACACGGGUACAGCGUCUUUUAACUUGGCUGAGGUGAACCCAGCAGUCCAAUUCAGCUUGGUCGUCAUGAUGUAUAUCGCGAUUUUCCCAAUCGCUAUUAGCAUCCGAGCUUCCAAUGUUUAUGAAGAAAGGACGCUGGGUAUAUAUGGUAAUCAAAUUGACAUGGACGAGACUGAUGGCCGGUCUUAUAUUCUCAACCACAUUCAGAACCAACUGAGCUUCGACUUGUGGUACAUCUUCCUCGGCUGCUUUUGCAUCUGUAUCGCAGAGGCCGGUAAGAUUGCAGAUACGUCGAUUCCGGCCUUUUCUGUAUUCUCGGUUUUAUUCGAGGUGGUUUCAGCAUAUGGCAAUGUUGGGCUCAGUCUUGGAUAUCCUACCGUUUCGACUUCUCUUUCCGGACAGUUCACCAUUUUCAGCAAGCUCGUCGCGAGCGCAUGGAAGAAGACCGAGAUCGGGACGAAGCUCAAGCUCAACAAAGACUAA